CCGCUCCCCAGCCUUGGAAACCCCGUGCGCGGCCGAGCGGGUUCUCUUUCCGGCGUCCGCCAUUCCGGGAGCGGGUGGUUGGUCCGACGGCCGCCGCCAUGCAGAUCUUCGUGAAAACCCUGACGGGGAAAACCAUCACCCUCGAGGUUGAACCAUCUGAUACUAUAGAAAAUGUCAAAGCCAAGAUUCAGGAUAAGGAAGGAAUUCCUCCUGAUCAGCAGCGAUUGAUUUUUGCUGGGAAACAAUUGGAAGAUGGGCGCACUCUGUCUGAUUAUAACAUUCAAAAGGAGUCGACCCUUCACCUUGUGCUGAGACUUCGUGGUGGAGCAAAGAAGAGGAAGAAGAAGUCUUACACCACUCCUAAGAAGAAUAAGCAUAAGAGAAAGAAGGUGAAACUCGCUGUCCUUAAGUACUAUAAGGUGGAUGAGAAUGGGAAAAUCAGCCGCCUGCGACGCGAGUGUCCCUCCGAGGAAUGUGGGGCUGGAGUAUUCAUGGCUAGCCACUUUGACAGACAUUACUGUGGCAAGUGCUGCUUGACAUACUGUUUCAACAAACCAGAAGACAAGUAAAUGUGUCUAUUGUAAUAAUUAAAAGUUGCUUUGAAUUUU